AUGAAGACAAGCAUGCGCCAAGCUGCAAUUGCAGCAAUUGCUUCAUUGCCUAUUGCUCAUGCGAUCACCCCAGAACUCAUGCUUGCUGCUCCACGGAGAAGUCCAGUGAUACCUGAUCCCUCAGGUCAAAUCGGAGUCUUCACGUCUACAACUUAUGAUUGGGAUGCGCACGAGACGACAACAGUCUGGAAUACUUUGAACUUGACCACCGGAGAGAUAUCACUUCUCUACAAUGGAUCAGACAUCUCGGAAAUUCUGUUCGCCGGCCCAAAUGCGACAAACAUCAUCUACAUCAAUGGGACGAAUGAAGAGGACGAUGGUGGAAUUAGUCUCUACGCUGGUGAUAUUACCGCAAUUGAAGACGCCUAUCUCAUCACCUCUUUUCCGGCACCCUACUCUGGCUUGAAGGCUGGAACCACUCCAUCGGGGGACAUCAACUUCAUUUUCAAUGCUGAAGCCUAUCCAAAUGGUACAGCAUACAAUGAGCUACUCGCCGAACCUCCACUCAGCACCGCAAGAUUUUACGACAGCAUAUACGUUCGUCAUUGGGAUGUAUGGCGCUCGGAACGCAAUAAGAAUGUCUUUGCCGGAACAUUGACUGGAGGCGAUGAGUUCUCGUUCUCAGGCAACCUCACCAAUCUUGUGCAUGGCCUAGCCAAUGCUACUGUCGCAGAAAGCCCCAGUGUAGUUGGAGAUGAUUCUUCCGAAUACGAUAUCUCACCUGAUGGUAGUCUCGUUGUUUUCAACACGAAGAAUAUUGACCUACCCGCGGCCAACUUCACAUCCUCAAUAAUCUACCUGGUUCCUCACAAUCGCUCAACUGAGCCUGUCCCAAUCAAUGCUUUCUCUGGCUCUUCAACUCCCCCGGAUGCUCGUGGCGCAACAGGCAGUCCCACUUUCUCUCCAGAUAGCACCAAAUUGGCAUACGUUCAAAUGAAUGGCAUCUCCUACGAAUCAGACAAGUACAUUUUAUAUGUCGCUGAUGUUUCAGGUGGCGAUUUCAACAUCACAUCACUGGCGGAGAAUUGGGAUAGAAGUCCCGAUCAUAUUUCAUGGACUGCUGACGGAUCCUCGAUCUUUGUGGGUGCACCUGACCGAGGCUACAAUCGAGUUUUCGAGAUCCCAUUGUCUGCGUCUGCAAGCUACGUUCCCACCAAUAUCACCGACCAAGGGGCUUUGUCAGCCCUGAACGUUCUACCUGAUGGCAACAUUCUAAUUUCCGAUGCCAAGAUCUGGUCUUCUCGUGAUGUUUAUAUCAUCUCAUCGAACGGAACUCUUGUUGCAGAUCUUCUACGUGCCAAUGAGAUCGAUGGUGAACUUGCCGGUCUAGGUCCUCAGGACGUGUCCGAGAUUUUCGUGCAAGGGAGUAUCGCUGAGGUCCAGGCAUUUGUCGUAACACCAACGAAUUUCGAUCCUAACAAAACAUAUCCCCUUGCGUAUAUCGUCCACGGUGGUCCCCAAGUUGCUCAUCUGAACACUUGGAGCACGCGGUGGAAUUUCAGAGUUUGGGCCGACCAAGGCUAUGUGGUGGUCGCUCCCAAUCCGGUUGGAUCCAACAGUUUUGGUCAGGUCUUUCAGGAUGCUAUUCAAAACCAGUGGGGUGGUUACCCGUAUGAGGAUUUAGUUGCAGUCUGGGAAUAUGUUGAUGCGAACAUUCCAUAUAUCGACACGGAUAACGGCAUUGAGGCUGGUGCUUCCUAUGGUGGUUAUAUGACCAAUUGGAUCCAAGGUCAUGACCUAGGCAGGAAAUUCAAAGCCUUGGUAACUCAUGAUGGAGUCACGAAUAUGGUUGGUCAAUACGCUACCGAAGAACUCUGGUUCACUCAACACGAUAUGAACGGCACUCUUUGGGACAAUCGAGAUAACUUUGAGAGAUGGAACCCCAUCAACUUCAUUCAGAACUGGGCAACUCCUCAUUUUGUUAUCCACAAUGAUCUGGACUUCCGCCUCCCUGUUUCAGAAGGCAUAUUCCUCUUCAAUGUCCUUCAAGAGCUUGGCGUCCCGAGCAGGUUCUUGAACUUUCCAGAUGAGAAUCAUUGGGUCCUCAAUCGCGAGAACAGCCUUGUUUGGCACACUGAGAUCUUUAAUUGGAUUAAUCACUAUUCCGGCGUUGCAAACUCGACGGCUUAA